AUGUUUCGGGCUCAGCAGAAUGCAUUUGAUGAUGUCGUUGCGAAAGCAACGGACGAGAAUCUCACCUCCGAGAAUUGGGAAUAUAUCUUGGACGUGUGCGAUAAGGUGGCUGCUGAAACCUCAGGCCCAAAAGAUGUAGUAGCAUCUCUCAUAAAACGGCUUGCGCACCGAAACGCCAACGUACAGCUUUACACACUCGAGCUGGCAAACUCGCUUUCCCAGAAUUGUGGGAUCAGCAUGCAUAGAGAAUUAGCAUCGAGGAGUUUCACUGAUGCAAUGCUACGGCUUGCAAACGACCGAAAUACCCACCAACAAGUGAAAGCGAAGAUCUUAGAGCGCAUGGCUGAGUGGACGGAGAUGUUCUCGAAAGAUCCGGAUCUGGGCAUAAUGGAGCAGGCGUACUUGAGGCUCAAAAGUCAAAAUCCGAACCUCCACCCCCCUUCAAAGCCUCGUAAGCGUGAGAUAACCGAUCUAGAUCGAAAAAGGGAGGAAGAGGAGCUUCAAAUGGCUCUUGCGCUAUCAAUAAAGGAUAAAUCUGUGCCUGGGCCGUCAACGACUCAAGCUCCUGAACCAGCGACUUCGGCGGGGCCGCAAGAUACCGCAGCGGCCGCAGCUCAGUCAAACUCUCUUUCCUCUCACAUGUCACCCGCAACGGUUUCGCGCGUUCGUGCAUUAUUCGACUUCCAGCCAUCGGAACCUGGUGAACUUCAAUUUAGAAAAGGCGACAUUAUUGCCGUAUUGGAGUCUGUCUAUAAGGACUGGUGGAAGGGUUCACUUCGAGGACAAACGGGAAUAUUUCCCUUGAAUUAUGUCGAAAAGCUUCCCGACCCGACAGCGGACGAGCUGCAGCGUGAAGCGCAAAUGGAGGCUGAGGUCUUCGCAGAGAUUAAAAAUGUAGAAAAGCUGCUGACGCUACUGAGCACCAGCGGCGUGGAGCUAAGCUCGAGGGACACUGAAGAGAUUACUACACUUUAUCACUCAACACUGGCUAUCCGCCCGAAACUGAUUGAGCUUAUUGGGAAAUACUCGCAAAAGAAAGAUGACUUUACGCAACUAAACGAGAAAUUUAUAAAGGCCCGAAGAGACUACGAAGCGCUCUUAGAAAACUCAAUGUCUCAUCCUCCACAGACGCAUUACGGAAGACCGGCCGCGGCCCAGUAUCCAUACAGCGCCGCUCCGACCGCAGGAUAUCCCCCACAGGUCUCAUCGCCCCGUCCAGAGCCCCAGCGGUACUACACACCUGGUUCCCCAGACGGGCCGCCUGGCUCGGAACAACCUCAGUAUCCUGUGCCCCAGAAUGGCCCAACCCCAUUCUACGUCGUCGGGCACACAGGUGCUCCUCCAGCUCAGCCUCCUCAGCCGUCCACUUCUUCUGCUUAUUAUCCUGGCCCUGGCCCUGAUCCUCGCGUCCGAACUCCGUCAGCAGGGCCGUAUGCGCCUUCUGGCGGGCCUCCUCCUCCGCACCAUCGAGGAUCCACAGGUGGUGGGAGCGUCGUGUAUGAGAACCCCCAAGAACUAGCAUCGUCGACAUACGACGCGCCUGUGGCCCCUACACACACUGGACCAGGGCCCGCCGGUCGACCGCCCCAUGAUUCGUAUCCAACAACUUCCGCCCCUCCUGCCCAGUUUUACGGCCAUGCCUCGGCCUCUGAUCUCUCUGCCGGUGGCGCCCCCACUGCUCCCGCACCUUACCAUUCUUCGGAUCUCGGACAUGCACCUGCACCCGGAAGCCCUGGCCUCCAACAACCCUCCUACGCCUACGGUCCUGGUCCCGGUCCCGGUCCAAACGGCCCAUCUGCGCCAGGCGUUUAUCAAGCUUACUCCCCGCAGGCGGGUCCGCGGUAUUCAUCUAUUGGUGGAGCACCCGCACCGGCGCCGGCUCGAGGAAGUAGUCCUACCGACUUCUAUAAGCAACAGGGCCAGGGCCCGCCGGGACAGGGCGAAUUGUUCAUGCCCAGAUAA